AUGGUUGACAUCGGCCAUGGCAUCUCCCUCGUUAACCAGGGCACUGGCUAUGGCAUUAUCGUCGGCCUGGGCUUUUUGUUCGCCAUCCUCAUCUUGGCUGCCGUCAAGGUGCAGAAGACCUUCCUGAUGGAGGAUUCGGGGAAGACUGAGAUGUUCAUGACCGCCAAUCGGACUGUGGGCACUGGCCUGACCUGUUCAGCCGUGUUUUCUUCCUGGAUGUGGAUCAACGAGACCGUCUUCUCUUGUGUUAUGUGCUACAACUACGGCAUUGCCGCCCCCAUGUGGUACGGCACGGCCCUCUCGUUCCAGGUAGCCACGAUGGCCAUGCUAGGGGUGCUGAGCAAACUGAGGGUGCCGCAUGCACACACGUCGUUGGAAAUCGUCCGCAGACGCUAUGGCAAUGUUGGACAUGUGGUCUUCACAUGCUUGAAUCUCAUCAACAACAUCUUCGGCUGUUCGAGUAUGAUUCUCGCCGGGUCCCAAUUAGUCGUUGGUAUCAGCGGGAUGCAUAUUGUUGCUGCAACCAUCCUGCUACCCUUUGGAGUCGUCCUAUACACUGCUGUAGGCGGGUUGAAAGCAACCUUCUUGACUGACUUCCUCCAUACCACUAUCGCUCUUAUUUUGAUCAUCUACUUCACUCUGGCCGUCCUCACCAAUGAACAUAUUGGCGGUCUGUCCGGGCUCUACGAUAAAGUUCAGGCUGCCAAUUUCAAUAUUCCUGGGAAUUAUGCCGGGUCUCUCUUGUCGUUCAAGUCCAAAGGCGCUAUCAUGUUCGGUCUUGUUCAGAAGUUCGUAAAUAUCGCGCUUGUCAUCAUGGACACUGCUUUCUGGCAGAAGUCAUUUGCAUCCGAGGUACACUCUGUUGUUCCGGGAUAUAAUCUCGCUGCUAUAGCGAUCUUCUCCGUCCCUUGGGCCUUGGGUUCGAUCCUCGGUCUCUCAGCCAGGGUGAUUGAGACUCUUCCAAUCUUCCCAACCUACCCAGGUCCAUUCACCUCAGCAGAAGUCGGCGCCGGUUUCGUCAUGCCAUAUGUCAUCAAAGCCCUUCUUGGCACUGGUGGGGCGGCUGGCAUGUUACUCCUCCUCUUCAUGGCAGUUACCAGUACCGUUUCUUCGUCUAUGAUUGCAGUCAGCAGUAUCAUAUCGUUCGAUAUGUAUCGCACAUACAUCAAUCCGAAAGCGACAGAUAAGAAAGUUGUCAGCGUGAGCCAUCUUGGUGUCGCCUUCCAUGGGGUUUUCAUCACCGGGUUCGCACUCAUGCUCAACUACGGUGGUGCAAACAUGACCUGGGUCAACUAUUUCAGCCCUAUCCUCACUUGUCCGGGCAUCUUCCCUCUCCUCUUCACCCUUAUGUGGUCAGGACAGACCAAAGCUGCGGCUAUCAUAUCCCCGAUCCUCGGCCUGAUCACGGGCAUCGGUAUCUGGAUUGGUACGGCUCAAGCCAUCUACGGAAGCAUCUCAAUCGAGACCACGCAGAUGCAAGCGCCUUCCCUCUACGGGUCAUGCGGCUCACUCUUCUCUCCCAUCCUCUACUCCCUCAUCAUAUCCUACAUCAAACCAUCGACCUUUGACUUCCGCGAGUUCCUGCGCAUCGAUCUCAUCGAAGACACCUCGAACCCCGGAACCGGCGUAACCAGCACUCCGAACACCUCCGUCCCCGCCCUUAACUCCAGCGACGAUGAGAAGGGCAGCAACGAGAAAGGCACCUCUCCUACGAUCCUCGCCUCCCCCCCUUCCCCUGGCAUCCCCAGCUCCCAGAUCCCACUCGACGAGCUCCGCCACCCCUUCGACGACGAAACGCUCGCCUACCUACGCCGCUGGUACAAGAUCGCCUGGGCCUUCCUGAUCUUCGUCAUCCUCAUUACCUUCGUCGUGUGGCCCAUGCCGCUGUACCGCGACUGGAUCUUUACGAAACCCUUCUUCAAGUCCUGGAUCGUCGUCGCUAUCAUCUGGCAGUUCCUCGCUGUUAUUUUGGUCGUCAUCUAUCCGAUCUAUGAUGGUCGUCACGCUAUCUCGCAGAGCGUGAGGGGUAUGCAGGCUGCGGCGAAAGCGCGGUGGGUGAGAUGA